AUGGACAGCGGCCGGCGCGCGCCGGCAGGGCGAGGCGGCGAGCUGAGCUCAUUGGAGGACGAUCUGCUGUUCAGCGUGCUGCGGCGCCUCGACUGCCGCUCCGACAAGCUGGCGGCGGCGCUCGUGUGCAAGCGAUGGCUCGCCGUCAUUCGCGGCGCGUACACUCAGUGCACCAUUCUGAACGUCGGCGCGCUUAAAGCCAUCCUCGCGUGCUGUCCGUUGAUUCAGGAUCUCAACUGCUCCAAGUGCAUCCGAGUCCGCGACGAGCACGUGGUGGCCAUCGCAAAGAGGUUCGGGCCGAGCCUGCAGCGGCUGAACCUGGCGAGCAACAAGCGGAUCGGGCAGGCGGCUUUGGAGGCCAUCGGCGCGCACUGCACGCAGCUGCACGCGCUCUGGCUCACCAACGGCACGUUCGACGACGCUGCUCUCAUGCCCAUCGCCUCCUGCCACCAACUCAAGGUGUUGGGGUUGGGCAACUGCCGCAGCAUCACGGACAUGGGGGUGUGCUGCAUUGCAGCGGGGUGCAAGGCGGUGCAGGAGGUGUCGCUGCGGUGGUGUGUGGGCGUCACUGACCGUGGCGUGGAUGUGCUGCUCUCCAACUGCCAUGCCAUCCACACACUCGACCUCUCCUACACCAAGGUGACGGAGGCGGCGAUGAGGGUGGUGCAGCGGCACCCCAGCUUGACGCAUCUGAACCUCUCCAGCUGCCAGUCGCUCACCGACCCCGCCAUCGCCACUCUCCGCCACGGAUGCACUGCACUGCAGAGUUUGGACGUAUCUGGGUGCGAGCAGGUGACGGACGUUGGCCUGAUGGCGCUGACAGCAGGUGCCAUCCCGCUCACCGCCCUCACUGCCGCCUUCUGCCCCCAGGUGAGUGAUAACCUGUUGGCGGUGCUGCCGCGCUUCCCCUCGCUGCGUCCACUGGCUGCAGCGUGCCCCAACCUGCUCUCCCUCGACAUCACCUGCUGCUCCUCUGUCACUGACGCCACCCUGCUCACCCUCUCCGCUCACUGCAGGAGGCUGGCGUGUGUGCGCAUGGAGGCGUGUCGGGGCGUGUCAGACGCAGGGCUGGUGGGGCUGUUCCAGCACUGCACUGCGCUCUCCACCCUCGACCUCACUGACUGCGGCAUCUCCGACACCACUGUGCAGGGUCUGCGGCACUGCCCGUUGCUGCAGUCACUGAAGCUGGGCUUCGACAUGGAUAUCACCGACGCUGGCCUCAUCUCCCUUGCUGCCUCCUGCUCCUCCCUCACUGAACUCGACCUCUACCGCUGUGAGGGCGUGUCAUGUGCGGGCAUAGCCUCGGUGGCGCAGGCGUGCACGGGGCUGAGCACGCUCAACCUCUCCUACUGCCACCGCGUGCGCGACGCUGCCCUCAUAGCCAUAGCACGCCACUGCCCGCGCCUGCGCAACCUCGAGUGCACGGGCGUGGACGAUGCUGGCUUCAUUGCCCUCGCCCACGGCUGCCCCGACCUCCAACAGGCCAAUCUGUCGUACACGAGCAUAUCGGAUGCGGGCCUGGGCGCGAUGGCGGGCAUGGCGUGCAUGACCAAGUUCAACCUCGUGCACUGCUCGCGCCUCUCCAUGCCUGGGCUCGAGGCUGCACUCACGCGCUGCGUGGGGCUAAAGAAGGUGAAGCUGCUGCAGGCGUGGCGGCCCUUGCUCUCGCCCCAGCUGCUGGCAGACCUGGAGGAGAGUGGCUGUCGCUUCCGAUGGAUGGACAAGCCGCCCCUCGAAGCACUGCGCGCAUAA